AUGGCUAGCCACUUCUACAAUGACCUCCGAUCCAGCAGGAAUUGUUACGGUAAAAAGGUAUUUUGGCUCUGCAAUUCGCGUGAUGUGAAUAUUUUCAAAAUUUUGACAAGAGUUAGAUCUAAAUGCCCUAUAUUAGGGCGAUUCCCAGAAGCAAAAAGGUCCGGUAGCAUGCUCAACGCCUUUAAACCCGUAUUUUUACGCACGUAUCGAUUAUAUAUAUAUAUCCGUUGA